UUUCUGCGUAUUUAAGGCCCGCGCCAGCUUUCCGCGCUCACUUGUCAUCGGGGGAACAUCUUUUAAGAUCCUGGAAAAAGCUCAGUUGAAUUCGGACAUGUUGCAGCCGCCAAUGAUGCAAACCCUGAUCCUGCUGGUGGCCGCCUGCCUGGCCUCGGUUCUUCCGACAGCGCGGGGAACUUCGCACCUGAUGUUCAACGCCAGCCUGCCGGUCUCUGUCACCGAUGCGGGCUGCGGAGAAUCCGUCCUGUGCCUGAGGACACCAAACGACUGUGUCCCUGAAACCGAUCCAUCGUGUCUGUUUGUGUUUUUGAACGCCACCUCAAUGGACUCCGACAGCUUCGACCUGUUCGUCGGCCUCAGAGGAUCCUCCGCCGGAAACAUCGCCUUGGGACUCACCAAUAAUGCAUCAGAGGGUAUCUCCCAGCUUUUUGUGUGUGGAAACGGCAACGACAGCGAGUUCUUCUUCGCCACACGAGACCGAAACAACGAAGAUGGAGUACUCACGCCAAAUGAGAGGAACACGACAGAGAUUCGGGGUAACACGACUGACUCCCUGAUCGAAUGUAACUUCGUCAUUCCAAACGUCAACACCACCACCAAAGGGGAGAUGUUGGACGGAACCACCGCCGUUGUCCUCCUGGGAAAUGGAACAGCCACCAAUUCAAGCAUGGUCAAUGACUUUACCAUCGUUAUGAACUUUGGCCGGGUGAAUCUCACCAGAGCGGACGGUAACAUCACUAUGGAGACCCUAGACAUCAACCGGGAAGGCUGUGGCAUGACAAAAAUAUGCCUGGAGUCUCCGGACGACUGUGAUCCUCAAAUGGACGACGCUUGUCUGUUUACGUCUGUGGCUUCCCAAACACAGGGCAUGGGGCCUGACUUCAACCUGUUUGUGGAACUCUCCGGAAUUGGAGGAUACAUCGCCAUAGGACUCACCGGGAAUAUAUCUGUGGGCAUCAGCACACUUUAUUUGUGUGGAAUAAACAGCAGCAAUGCAAACAGUUUCUUCUUCCUCACACUGGACAGAAACAACUCCGAUGGGGCUUUUUCCCAAAACACUGAGGAAGUAGAAGGCCUCAGCUAUUCGGUGAUGGACUCAUCCAUUCAAUGUUCUUUCACCGUCCCAAAUGCAAACAUGGCUCUCACCAGAGAGGGAACAGUCAGCACUCUCGGCUCUGUAUUGUUGGGAAAUGGAACCUUGACUGACGGUAACGUUGAUCCCCUUAAUGUUGUUGCGGACACACGGGUGAAUAUCACCACCCCGAACGGUACAACCCCGAUGUUGAACAUCAACCGAGACGGCUGCGGUGUAACCCUUCUGUGCCUGGAGGAACCAGACGACUGCGACCCUGAAUCCGACGAUGGCUGUCUCUUCGCGUCUAUCAACGUCACCAGUACUGAACCCAUCACCGCGACUGUCAGGCUCAGUGGAAACUCGUCAGGAUACAUAGCAAUUGGAAUCACCCCGAACAUGUCUGAGGGCACCACCUUGCUUUUUGCCUGUGUCCAAAACAAUGGGAUGGCUUUCUUCAUAGUGGCGAACCUAAACAACACUGAUGGGAGCAUCCUUGCAGACGACAGGGAGGUGGAUAAUAUUGUCAUGGCGCAAGGCACAUCCAUCCAAUGCGAGUUUAACUUCACCAAUUUGGAGCCUAGACAGAUUUUGGAGACCGGCCUUGCUUAUAUCUUGCUGGGAAAUGGAAACUUUGAUGGAAGUAAGUUAUAAGAAACUCACUAACCUUUACCCUUUUGGAUAGACUUCCGAGCAUCAGUGGAAUUGAAUGUUAACAUCCUUGACAUUAGAGCAGUGAUUCCAUUUAGUGCAAAGAAUCACUCAAUUAAGUGAUUCAAACAGUGUUACUCUUCAAAGUGUGUGUAAUGUUACAGUGACCAAAAACAUAAAAUAUACGUAUUCAAUCAAACCUCUGCCUUGUUUUAAUGAAUAUUUAGCCCUACUACGCUACUAUAUUUUAAUGUUGGUCAUUAUGGUGAGAGACAAGUGUUUUCUGGAGGUGGUACUUGGUGAAAAAGGUUUUUGAGAACCACUGUAUUAGAGGACUGGUACACAAACCAAAGAAUGAUCUUCGGAAGACCAUCUAACAUCGUGUUCCUUUCCCUUUCCAGCUACCGGUACUCUCGGACCUUUCAAUCAAUUGGCCAUGUCACUUGUGGACUUUCUCAAUGGGGUGGAAGGGGAGAACAACGCUGGAACCACGAAGCACGGCGACGCCAUGCUGAUCCUGCUGACUGUCCUAACAGUCUUGGGCCUGCUCCAUGUCUAACGAGACCAGAAGUGAGGAGGAAGAGCAGGCGGUCAUCAAUUCCAAUGAUGACACAUCACAUGUGUUCUAUUAAAAGUUUUUACUGUCUUCUAUGACUACUUACUCAAACGUGUGUAGGUACUUGAGAGCAGCAGGGCUCGGCUAAUCAUUUGCAUCGACAUUAUUAAAGCAAGCUCGUUUCGACAAAAGGGAACUUCAUGCCUCACGAGUUUGAACUGUUUGAGAAGAGCCAAACGCAGGCGACAUUUAAUUUUGUGUUGAUUUGUUGCAUGUAGCAGCAGUGUAAAGUAUUUAUGGAUUUGUUGUGAUCUAGACGCAUUAAUAAAGAUGAAACUGUCA